GGCCGUGACCCACGCGCGGGCCCGACCGCUCGUCCCAGGUUUAACAAAACCGGCCACAGUUUCCCACUUCCAUCUAAGGCAACAUGGAAUGUUCCCGAAAACUCCCACAAUCAAGUAAGAAAGGCAGCUGCUUUUAGAUCUCUUCCAUGAGGUUGAUGAUGGCACCUGGUUAUGCAAGACGAGACCCCAAUAUCCCCACCUAUGGACUCGGACAGUCCAUCUUACUGAACACCAGGCUUCAGGACUGCUAUGUGGUCUCACCAGCUCUCACCAUCAUCUGGACAGCCAGAACAUGUACAAAGCAGAUCAAGGUUCCAGCACUUCUUGUUGAGAAGUGUAAAGAACCACUAAUUGCUAGUUCAUUUUCCCUGAUUAAGCUUGUGCUUAGAUGGCGACUGAAGGGUAGAUGCUGCCCGGUACUUUCCACAUUUGGAGAAGAAAAAUCCUCGAAGAGAUUUGAACCCAGGGAUAAAUCAAUGAUGAACGCCACCCAGAGAGCCUGGAUAAGAAACUCCAUCCAUUCUAAGAGCAGGAGUAAAGAAAGUUCAAAGGACAAAAAAGGAACUGCAUGCCAAGGUUUUGAGGACAGACAUGCUGAACAUGUGGCCACUACCGAAGCACUAGCCCAGGACAGUGGGCCUGCAGCCUGGAAGCGCCAAGCACUGCUUACUGAAACUCACGAAACGCAGUUGUUGGAUGCCAUGCCAACUAUCCACGGACUCCCCAAGGGUUAUCAGGCGCUGUACUACACUGUGGUGGAGCUCAUGUUGUGGAACCCUUCAGGAACUCCGAAAUACAGCCGGGAGCUGGGCAAGGCCAUUAAACAAAAGCUCUGGGAAGCUCUGUGCAGUCAGGCUGCCCUUCUCAAAGUCAUUGAGGGACCUGCUGCCAGGCAGGAAGUGGCUGGUGUCCAUGAGGAGCCUGUGCCCAAGAAAUAGCCCAAGCUAAAGAGUGGAAGCUAA